AUGCCAAGAUCUCGAGGGUUGGGCCCACUAUUCCUCGCGCUUCUCCAAUUGUUAAGCCCGUCCAGUAUUGGGCGUGCCAUUGGAGCUUCUGUCGCCGAGAAGGACUGGCCGUCCCCUGACAGCAUGGUCGUGGGCAGCGAGCCAGGGAAUGUGUCCCGUGAACCUAGUCAUGGUACUUCAAUCACCGACACAAGCGUGGAAGCUUCUAUUUCAAAGUUACCACCCAGCUCUAAUGCGCUCUCGAAUGGAAAUAUCAAUGGAAGGAGUGCUGGAAGACCCACGCCGAAAAUCGGCGGUCCCCGCAAAUCAGCCAUGAUAGGCGGUUUGGGCUUUUUGUCUGUUGCACUGCUAUUCUACUUGGGCUUUUGCACGACAGCCCACAAACUGAAACUGACUCCAGAAGAGCAUUUUUUUUGGGAGUAUGGCGCUGUGCACUCUCCCAGUCGGGGAGUAAAUGAAGGAGCUUCACCGCAAGAGGGCCAGCCAACAGGUACACCACCGUUAAGCGACCAGACGGAAAAGAUACGGAGACGAUUAGACAAAGUAAAAGGCCUAUUGCCAUCAGCAGCUCGACUUGCCACGGCCAUAGGCUCGGAGGAAGCCCGGAGACUUUUAGCCGCUGUUGAAGAGAAUGCCAAGCCAGGAGGAAUGGCUGAACGAAACACGGCGGACCAUGACAUGAUACAGACGCGGCUUCACGUUGCUCUGGAUGGCUUACGUGAGUUACACCGCAUUGCGCUUCAUGAAGGUGAGACGCUCUUGGGAUAUGAUGCAGAUAUCCUUCCGGUUUCUCUCCCGGUUUCGCAUGAAGGGCACGAGGACCUUUACUUGUUGUUGCAAGAAGGAGAGGGAAAAACUGUGGGCGCCUUUCUUAAGUAUAUACGCUCGUUUGAGGAGAGCAUUUCGGAUAUGUCACGGCGGAUUGCCGAUCUUCAUGUAUCGCUGUCUCUUGAACCCGAGUUACAUGAUGAAAGCGAUGGAGAGUUGCUGGUGUCUGUUGCAAAGAAACUCGAGUGUAUACGUUCUUUGAAGAACAGAAGGGAGCGGUCAAGGGAUAGGGCAAAGGAAUUAGUAGUAGGCGCCACCUACGGGGUCAAGUUAGUCUUGCUUCACACGAUAGAAGAGUCGGCUUGGAAGCUUCAGGGGACGCUGGAGGUGGCUCAGGCUCACGCUUCUUUGAUACUUAAUUCUCAAGGUGCAUCUAUUCAUGAUGAUGAUCAGACUGCAUCACAAGUGGAAAGUACAGAACGCUUAACUGUCCUUAUGAGCAGGCUCAAAGAUGCAGAAACGUUGCAGAGCAAGCUUGGCACAGAGCUACGCGCUGUGAGAUCGAGUGAGUCUAUUGAUACCGCAUUGGCUGCAUAUGGAAGAGCAACGGGUCUAGCAGAAGAAGCUUGGGCCUUGCUGGCUCACUGCUGGGCGUUAGCUCAAGAUCUUAGUAUUCCGUCUUUCGAGUUCGACGGCGGCGAGUCCCCACUAUUGCCUACGGCGGAUAAAAUCUGGCUGCGUGCCAGGGCAAAACUCCGUCGUAUAGAGGAGACUCUGUUUCUUGUUCAAAAGAUGUGCAUUGCCAACCCAUCCAACAGAAUCACGGCGUCCGGGAGCGAGCAUCUCAACCCUUGUAUUGCGAGUCGCCUGCUGGAGGCGGGAAGUGCGAUUUUAAGGGAAUCGAAGAAGCAAGCAAAACAAGCUAAGGCAUUUGAAAAACCUGAAGACGUGACUCAGUCAGUGGAAGCUCUGGCAGCUCUUAGCCGUGCGGAGGAAAGCGCCGUCAAGCUUGUAUUUCUACACGGGGACUUGUUGCUUCUACUGCUAUCCCGCAAGUUGCAAAACUUUCUUGAAGAAGACAUUGAAGACUGCGUGCGGACGGUCAUGAACUUGUACUCGAAUAAGUCGAGUCUCGCAGGUCCGGACAAGAGCUUUUUAAUUGAACUUGAAGAGCGUUUUAACGAAAGUUUGGAGGCUGUCCAGGAGGCAAAAACGUUCGAAGAAGCAGCAGAGGCUGCAACAUUUGUACGGAUGCACACCGGGGCAAUUGAGGAUGUUUUAUUGGAAAUAGGGAGGGACAGAAGUUGA